AUGGAUUUAUUUAAGAAAAAAGUUAAGGAACUGUUCUACACUUAUAGUACCUCAGACCAUUAUGCUGAGUACGAUCCGAAUUCAACUCCAAAUUUUAAUAUGAACUCCAGAAGUGGCAAUAGAAACCAAAGCAAGGUAUAUCUAAACAGUAAUAAUACUUAUAGUAACAGUGGUGUCGAUGAAGAGAUGGGUUAUCAUGAUAACGCUGAAGCAAUUGAUAUUGAGAACUUCAAUGCAAACGACAAUGAAGGUGUAUCAGAGGUCAUUUUAGCAUGGACACACAUAGAUAAGUGGUCUUCCGAAAAUAAUCCUGAUUUAAAUGCAACUUUAGAUGAUCCCUGUACUCAUAAUGACGUCCUAAGGGCCGAAGAAGAUCUGGAUAUUAUAUUUCCUCCAUCAGUAAGGGCUUCUUUAAAAAUUCAUAAUGGUCAAGAAGAUUUGGAAUCCAUCACAGGGACCUCAGGUUUAGUUUAUGGUUUACAAUUGAUGAAAUUAGAUGAAAUCGUACAUAUGACACAGACUUGGAGAAACGUAGCUGCCAGUCUGAAAAGACGUCAAGAACAACAACAAAGUCGUCAGCGUGCCCAAGAAGGUUCAUCAAGCACUCAAGGUCAGUCGCAAAGUCAGUUUAAAUUAGCAAAUAUCCCUGAACAAAAAUCGAUCCCUCCUCAUGCUAUUCAACCAGUAUAUGCUAAUGCAGGUUGGAUUCCUUUAUUGACAGAUUUGGCUGGUAAUCAUGUUGGUGUUGAUUUAGCUCCUGGUGAAUUGGGUAAAUACGGUCAAGUUAUUAUAUUCGGUAGAGAUUUUGAUACCAAAUACGUCGUAGCUAACAACUGGGGUAUCUUUUUAUUAUCUUUUGCUAAUGACUUGGAGGUUGGUAAUUGGUAUCUAGUUGAUGAUUCUGACGAUUACUUAAAUGGUGACGGUGAACUAGCAUUUAGAGACAAAAGCAGAAACGGUCCAAUCAAGGAAUAUUUAGAUGUAUUGAAGGAUAGAGCCAUCGGAUCGUAUAAAGUAUUGAUACAAGCUGCUCAGCACGCACAGGAAACUACACAGAAUACCAAUGUUCCAACUGAAAAGGCUCCUUCAAGAGUUGUAAGCGAAAGUGUAAACAAUUUUAACGAUGAAGAAAUGAUAAUGACCGAAGAUGAAGAAGAGCCGGCCAAGGAAGAACCAGUCGAAGAAGAGCCAGUCGAAGAAGAGCCAGUUAAGAAAGGGCCAGUUAAGAAAGAGCCAGUUAAGAAAGAUCCAGUUAAGGAAGAGCCAGUUGAAGAAGAGGAGGCAGAAGAAGAAGCAGUUAAAGAAGAAGUUAUCAAGGAUGAAAAAUCCAAAGAAACUGAAGACAUUGACAAUUUAAAGAAAGAUUUAGAAAAUGUAGCAUUAUAA